AUUUACAGCACCUCCUUAUCUGAGCCUCCUCCUCCAGGGUAUGAAGAGGUGGAAGAGGUUGUCCCACCUUAUAGUGCUUUCUCAGCCCAAGGCAUGCCAGAGGGAGAUCUGGUGUAUGUGAACUAUGGCAGCAUUGAAGACUUCCAGAGAUUAGAGCGAGAGAUGGGAAUUAACUGCUCUGGGAAAAUUGUCAUCGCCAGAUAUGGGAAAAUCUUCAGAGGAAACAAGGUUAAGAAUGCUGAGAUGGCCGGUGCCAAAGGGGUUAUUUUAUACUCUGACCCUGCUAAUUCUUGUGCCCGUGGAGUCGCUCCUUACCCAGAUGGUUGGAAUCUUCCUGGAGAUGGAGCCCAACGUGGCAAUGUGCUAAUCCUGGACGGGGCUGGGGAUCCACUUACUCCAGGGUAUCCAGCGAAAG